UUUAGUUCACUUCUACACAUAUCGCAAAUAAAAAUGGAGGGACGUUGGACUUGUCAUCUCUUCGGUGCAGUGUUGUCGGCGUCGAUCGGAUCUUUCGAGUUUGGCUACAACAUUGGCUGUAUCAAUAUGCCUGCUGAUCUAAUCAAAGAAUGGUUCGCGCUAUCGUACAAUAAGGGGCUCGCCAUCCAUGAAAAGAGAGCGACAGUCGAUGAUAUGAAAACGGCAUGGUCGAUAGCUGUCAGUAUCUUCGCCAUUGGAGGAAUUGCCGGAGGCCUUUCUUGUGGAUACUUUGCGGAUAAACUUGGACGGAAGACUGCCUUGCUGAUGAAUAAUGUCGUUGCGCUCGUCGCCACAGGCUUCUUCGUCUUCGCAAAACUGUUUGACGUUCGGUACUUGUUCACCGCGGGCAGACUUAUCAUUGGAGUGAAUGCCGGGUUGAAUAGCGGUCUAGUGCCCAUGUAUCUGACAGAAAUCUCUCCAGCAAACCUCCGCGGAACAAUCGGCUCUUUUGCACAGCUAUUCGUUACCAUCUCAAUUCUGGCCUCGCAAGUUGUCGGACUUCCAUCUAUUUUGGGGACUGCUGAUCGAUGGCCUUGGAUCUUCUAUGCCAUAUGUGUCCCUGCGAUUUUGCAACUUUCCACGCUCUUGCUCUGCCCUGAAAGUCCCAAGUACACCAUAAAAGUCGGCGACAACCAUUUCCAGGCACAACAGGAUUUGAUAAAAUUGCGAGGCCACGCAAAGGUCCAAGAUGAGUUGAUGGUAAUUGCGGAUGAAGCAAAGGCUGCAAAAUCUGAAGAAAUUAACUGUGCUGCUUUGUUUGGUCCAUACCUUAUCUGGCCUUUGGCUUUAUCCACCUUCUUGAUGUUUGCUCAGCAGCUUAGCGGGAUCAAUGCUGUAAUGUUCUACUCCACUGAUAUAUUCAAGAGUGCUGGUCUUCAAGAUCAAUGGCCAAAUUAUGCCACGCUUGCUAUGGGUGCCAUCAAUGUUCUGAUGACUAUUGCUUCUGUCUAUUUCGUUGACAAACAAGGACGUCGAACGUUGCUACUUGGGAGCUUUAUUGGAAUGUUCGUCACCACAGCAAUUAUUGCAAUCUCUAUACUUUCCGCUAAACAUGUUAAAGCCCUUCAUUGGUUCUCCUAUGUGGCAGUACUGGCCGUACUUGCAUUUGUGAUUUCCUUUGCUGCUGGGGCAGGCUCAAUUCCCUGGUUCUUCGUGAGCGAGGUGUUUCCCUUAAAUGCUCGUGGGAAGGCCAACUCAGUCGCAGUUUUCACCAACUGGUUCUGCACGUUUGCUGUUGGAAUGGCUUUCCCGUGGAUUGAGGGUUUAAUGCACGAAUUUUCCUUCCUGGUUUUCACUGGUCUUGUCGGCUUGUUCAGUCUAUUCAUUUGGAAGUACGUGCCAGAAACGAAGAAUAAGACAUUGAUGGAGGUGUAUGUCGAGAUGGACCGUCGUAGGGGAAUCCAGCGUGAUUGGCAUAAUAAGGUGCAAGAAGAACCUGAGAAGACUAAAUCGAAGACUAAAAUUAAUAAAGUACCUGAGAAUACUAAAACUAAGGAUAAGAAAAUAUAUGAUAAUUUCUAA